GCUGAGGUUGAUGAGGCUGAUGAAAUCGACGACGAGCAAACGCUGAAAAGGCGUAAAGAAAUACAGAAAUGGAAAACUGAGAAGAAAGUUGCUGCUGGAGAAGGCGCGAUGCAGAAAACGAGUCCUUUGCUUGCUGCCGCUUUAAACAUUACAAAAAAAGGAAAUCUGAAUCGAAGCAGCAGCCAAAGCCAAUCACGCAGAACAACAACUGAUUCUCCGACUUGUCGGAAUUCGCUUUUAUCCCACCGCAAGAGUUUAAUUCAUGUAGUGGAACAGACUCCCAUCACGUUCUAUGCAACUGCACCAGCAUCUACGAACUUGUCCACAAAUGAGCAACCCGACAAAAUGCAAACCGCGACGAAACGGCCGGCGCAGGAAUUCGGUACCCCGGCGAAGAAGGCGCGGCAUAGCAUUUUCAGUCCGGAAUCGUGA